AUGCGUCGACGUCCGAUUCCGGUUCGUGGAACAAAUGUGAAAUCAUGGCGUAGUUUGUGCGAUAAUGAAUUUGCGAUAUACGUCCUGGUUGCGUCCGUCGGUGCUCUGACGUAUUCCAAUAGCUUGAAUGGUGAAUUCGUGCACGACGAUAUACCGGCGAUCGUCUCCAAUGGUGACGUCACUGGAGUGAAUCCCGUGCUGAGAAUAUUUAAGAAUGAUUUCUGGGGAACACCUAUGUCUGAUCUGGGCAGCCACAAGUCAUAUCGCCCGCUUACCACGCUGACAUUCUGGUUAAACUUCGCGCUCUGCGGGCUGUCGGUAUGGUGGUGGCAUGCAUGCAACAUCGCGCUACACGCCGCUUGCUGCGUCCUUGUCGCACGCACGGGUGCGGUCGUCGCGCGGCUAAGACGACCUUUCGCAGCACUCGCCGCCCUGUUAUUCGCUGUACAUCCCAUACAUAGUGAAGCGGUAGCUGGUGUGGUGGGACGAGCAGACGUUCUAGCUUGUGUAUUCUUCUUGUCAUCUGUUCUUCUGUAUCAUGGAUCUUCUAGUCGCAGGCGCGUGUGGUCAAGUGUUGUGUUAGCUGGUCUCAGUAUGCUGGCUAAGGAGACAGGACUGACUGCGCUGCUUUUUAAUUUAGUUUUUGAUAUUUAUCGAAGUUGGAGCUCAGUCACGAGGUCACCAUCAAAAUUUCGUUGGCGUCACGAAGGUCUGUGGAGCAGAUUGAGCAAAGGUCUCAUAGUCUUGAUCAUGUUAGCCAUCGCAAGGCUUGCCUUGCUUCAAGGAUCCUUACCAGCAUUCUCGCCUCAAGACAACCCACCGGCGUUUCAUCCAUCCUUCAUCGUCAGAUUAAUGACGUUCUGCUAUUUAGCAGCCUUCAAUUGGUGGCUGCUUCUGUGUCCUUGGACUCUUAGUCACGACUGGCAGAUGGGGUCGAUACCACUCAUUACCAGUGGGUGGGAUCCUAGGAAUCUUAUUACUGGUGCUGCCUUAGUAGCCCUAAUGGCACUAUCAUAUAGAUGUUUGAUGGACUUAGAGCUUCAGAGACACACUCCUCUCGUAGUGGGAUUGAUGCUCCUUGUAAUCCCAUAUCUACCUGCAUCCAACCUACUGGUCACUGUAGGAUUUGUUGUAGCUGAACGCGUUCUAUAUAUACCUAGUGUAGGAUCAGUUCUUCUGACGGUGUACGGUGUACAAAUAUUGUGUCAUCGAGGUGGAAGGUGGCUGGCAUUAGGUCUGGCAAUACUUGUGGCCGCUGGCGCUGCGAGGACCUUUGAUAGGAAUAAAGACUGGAGGACUAGGGAGACACUAUUGAGGGCGGAUCUAGCUGUUUUGCCACACAAUGCAAAAUUGCACUAUAAUUUUGCGAACUUUCUGAAAGACAUCGAGCAACAGGAGAACGCGAUAAAACAUUAUAAAGAAGCGCUUAAAUUAUGGCCAAGUUACGCGAGUGCUCAUAAUAAUCUAGGCACGUUAGUCCUCGCGUCAGGUCGAGCUGAGCAUCAUUUUCUACAAGCUCUUAAAUACAAUAAGGACCACGUGAACGCUCAUUACAACCUGGCCAAAUUAUAUCGGAAAAAGAAUCGCGUGUCUGAAUCACUAAAGAUGUUGGAACGGUGUAUAUCUUUGGAGCCGAGGUUCGUUCAGGCGUACAUUGAACUUCUUCACAUCACUCCCGAAAAUGAGAAGAGACCCACUCUAGAGAGAUUGAUUGAAUUGGAACCGAUGAAUUGGGAACAUUAUUACUUGUAUGGAAACUGGCUGAAAGGAAGAGGUCUCUGGCCAUUGUCUCUCUCGUAUUAUAAACGGUCCAUCCGUGUGUCAUUACUGUCUCGUGGCGCGCUACCACCGCUAAGGGCAGCCUGUCUCCUAUUAAGGUCGGCUGGUCAACGAGUGAGACUUCUGCAGCUAACGACGAGCUGGCACACCCUCGUGGGUGGUGAGGUGUCAGCGUCUCGACGUCGAGCAGCAGCCGCGGCCUGGAGACUCCGCAGUGAACUGGAAGGACGAGCGGCGAGAUACGCGAGGACUCCUGUAAUGACGUCCACUUGUUUGCAUCACAGUAAACUAGAAGUGUCGCCGGAGAAGUUAAAACAAAACAGUGUAGUGAAACACACGAGAACAAUAACUGUAUCCAGUGAUUUAAAUAUAAACACAAGUUGCCAAAAAUUAGAUAAUAAAAAAAGCGUAUCAAUAUCUGCUCAAUACAAACCUAUCCAUAAUAAAUCCGAGGCGGGACCCAAACAGAAGAGUAGCCCUUUACAUAAGAAAAACAAAAUAAAAGAACCAGAUCCUCUGCCGCUUGUUAGCGAUUUGAUAAAAACAUCUUAA